GUUUGCAGGAGAUUUAUCAUGGGCUACAAAACUCUGUGCUUUGGAUUCUCUUGUAUUUUAUUUGCUUACUUUCUUUAUUUACCCAUUCCAGAAAAUGUUGAAGAACCCUGGAAAGUGAAAUAUGUGGAUACUCUUAUAAAAGCAGCUUCAUGUAUGGCCACAUUAUUUGAAAACAUAGGUCUCAUGAAGUAUGAAAAAAUAUUUUCAAUUGUGGCAACAUUUUACAUUGCACAACCAGUUUCAGAUGAAAAUGUUACAGUGAUUGACACAGACUUCAGUAACAUCCCUGUUCGUCUGCAUGUGCCAAAGAGGAAGUCAGAGAGAAAGAGACCAGCUAUUAUUUUCAUUCAUGGUGGUAUCUUUGUCUUCGGAAGUUGCAAGAUAACAGCUCAUGACAACAUGAACAGACUCAUAUCAAACAAGAUUGGUGCUGUCGUUUUAGGAAUAGAAUACAGACUUGCUCCCAAGUAUCUAUUCCCAGCUGCCCUUGAAGACUGUGUUUCUGCAACCAAGUUCUUUCUCCAGGAGAAAAUUCUUGCAAAAUACAGAGUGGAUCCCUCACGCAUCUGCAUUAUGGGAGAGAGUUCUGGGGGUGCUUUGGCAGCAACAGUGACUCAACUGCUACGGAGUGAUCCAGAAUUCAAAAAUAGAAUCAAGGCACAAGCCUUAAUAUACCCCGGCCUACAGUUGGUUGACACCUUCCUGCCAUCUCAUCGAGAGUAUCCACAUGGUCCAAUCCUGCACAGGGAGAUGAUGUUCAAGUUGGCGUCUCUAUAUGUAACUGAAGACUCAUCAAUGAUCCAGGCCUUACUGAGGAACGAACACAUGCCCGAAGAAUCGAGACACCUGUUCAAGUUUGUUAACUGGAGUAACUUCCUUCCUGAGAAGUACAAAAAGAACUAUGUUUACACUGAACCAGUUCUUGGGAAGGUGAAUGCUUCCUACCCAGUGCUUAUGGAUAGCAGGCUGUUUCCUUUGCUAGCCAAUGACUCCCAGUUACAGAGUUUACCACUAACUUAUAUCCUCACUUGCGAACAUGAUCUCUUAAGAGAUGAUAGUUUCAUUUACAUCGCUCGACUUAGAAAUGUUGGAGUUCAAGUUUUUCACGACCACAUGGAGGAAGGAAUUCAUGGAGCUCUAUCCUUCACUAUGGGUGCCGUGGCUUUAAAUCUAGGAUUUAAAAUAAGAGAUAGGUAUAUUCAUUGGUUAGAGGAAAACCUAUGAAUUAGAGGUACAUGUAGCUAUGAAGUGACGUAGUUAGAAAAGUAUCUGAUAGCUAUAUUUUGAAAUAUUGUAUGAUGAAUGGGGCACAAAAUAAUCUGAGUUUUGAGUAAAACUAUUCAGUUUGAAUAAAUAUUACUGAAUAUGUUUGAGAAAGUUCAUCUCCUAGGUCUUAGAAAUGUUGCUAAAAUGAGGAUAUUCAUUCAUUAUUGCCAUCAAUUAUCAUUUGUCAGGAAAGACGUACUCUUGAGCAUUUAUUUUAAUGGUAGGAUAGUGCGAAAUGUGAUGAAAUACAGGUUUGUGAUAUAAAUGGAAUCUUGAGGACUAGCUCAGUUAGCAUAUUACUCUCCAGUACUCCAGAAGCAGCAAGGUACAGAGAUCUGAGAGUUCAAGGUCAAGAUGGUCUAUAUAGUUAAUUCUAGUACAACCGUGGCUAUAUAGUGGCAUGCUGUUUCAAAAAAAUUUUAACAAAAAAAAAAAAGAGGAAAAGAGACCACGAAUGAGAAGAAAGUGUGAUAAAGUACAAUUGUAGUGACAUUUGUAUGGACUGAGACUUGCAGUGCACUUCUAUGGUUUUUCUAUUUAAGUGCUGUCCAUGCAUUAUCUUUGUCAGUUCUAGGUAAAUUAAGGUUCUUGUUAUUCAUGUCUCAUGAAGUUUAUACACUGCUUUUCCAAAGAACAAUUUCUGUAUUGGAAAAAAGGUUAACAUCUUACGGCAAAUCAUUCCUAAAGCAUAAAUAUGUACUUUAACUUUUGGGGGGUCAAACGUGAGAGUGGAUUGCAUUCGUUGAUAGACAAUGCCUCUGAAUGGAGGGAUGUUACCCAGCCAACUACAGGCUGAAGGUAUAACUAUUUAUAGUAUUCUUUUGAAUUCAUGUGGUGAUCUAUUGUGCACACAGAGACUGCAUAUCCAGGGAGUUAUCUGAGUGAUAAUCUCCAGACAUGCUUGCUUUCCUGUGAUGAUGGUACCCAUGUUCCUGUCAGCACAAAUAAAUUCAUAAAAAUAGCAGCAUUUUCACUAGGAAACAUUAAAAUCAAUGUUCAAUUUUCUGAAAUCUUGGUGAUUCUGAUGCUUGGGUAUGAUUGUGUGACAUUUUUGAUCCUUAUUCUUAAUACUGAAUAAACUCUGUGAAAAGAAAUUUAAGUAUGUUUUGUGAAUUUAAC